AACGUAAAAAAUUUAUAUGCAGCAAAAAUAGUUUGAGGUUAUUUGACUCAGUUUAACAGGAACUGACCAUAGAAGAAACUCCACCUCUUUGGUUGCAUGAAGAAACAUAAAACAUCACUUGUCGUUACCUCAAGAGGUUCAUUGUGAGAAGAAAGCAGCAGUGAAUGUUAUAAUUAGUAUCCAAAUGACUUACAUCUUAAGGACCAGGAUGAUGAAUGUUCACCUCACUUUAACGCUCGUCGGUGUUCUUAGAGCUUCUCUGCUGGCUGAUGGUGCUAACAUACGACUCACUAGUGGCUACAACUCCUGCUCUGGUAGAGUGGAGAUCCUGCAUAAUGGUCAGUGGGGAACAGUGUGUGAUGACAGCUGGGACCUGAAAGAUGCAGCGGUGGUGUGUAGACAGAUUGGAUGUGGUGAAGCGGUCACUGCUCAUCAAAGUGCCCACUUUGGUCAGGGAAGUGGUGAAAUGUGGCUGGAUGAGGUUCAGUGUUCUGGAAGUGAAAGCACCAUCACACAGUGCACUCAUAAUGGAUUUGGAAUACACAACUGUGGCCAUGGUGAAGAUGCUGGUGUUACUUGCUCAGAUGGCGCUAACAUACGACUCACUGGUGGCAACAUCUUCUGCUCUGGUAGAGUGGAGAUCCUACAUAAUGGUCAGUGGGGAACAGUGUGUGAUGAUGACUGGGACCUGAAUGAUGCAGAGGUGGUGUGUAGACAGAUUGGAUGUGGUGAAGCUGUCACUGCUCAUCAAAGUGCACAUUUUGGUCAGGGAAGUGGUCAAAUAUGGCUGGAUAAUGUUCAGUGUUCUGGAAGUGAAAGCACCAUCACACAGUGCUCUCAUAAUGGAUUUGGAACACACAACUGUGGCCAUGGUGAAGAUGCUAGUGUUACUUGCUCAGUCCGAGAGAUCAGGCUGGUGAAUGGUCCGAGUAAAUGUUGUGGUCGAGUGGAGAUCCAGCACAGAGCCCAGUGGGGAACAGUGUGUGAUGAUAACUGGGACUUAAGGGAUGCAGAGGUGGUGUGUAGGCAGCUUGGAUGUGGUAAAGCCAUCAGCGCUCCUGGAAAGUCCCACUUUAGUCAGGGAAGUGAACCAACCUGGCUGGGUAAUGUUCAGUAAAAAGGAACUGAGAGCUACAUAGAUCAGUGUUCACACAGUGGAUUUGGAGUAGAGAACUGUGGACAUGAUGAAGAUGCAGGUGUCGUUUGCUCAAACAUGCAGAGUCCAACACUGACUCAGAUCUCCCCAAACUCUGUGGUCUCACCUGGAGAAGUCCUUCAGUUCACAUGUACCACACCCAGUCCAUCAUGCAUCUCUGUAGACUUCAGUUUGUAUAAAACUGGGACAUUGAUAAAGAAACAAACUGCAGAGACUACAACAACAUUUACUCUGACUGUAGAUGCCACAAAUCAGGGUCAGUACACCUGUGACUACUCAUACAGGGAAAGUGUCUCCACAUCAU